AUGGUGAUGUCCCAGGGCACAUACACUUUCCUGGCCUGCUUUGCUGGGUUCUGGCUGGUGUGGGCUCUCAUCGUCAUGCUGUGCUGCUUCUGUAGCUUCAUCCAGCGGCGUCUGAAGAGGAGGAGGGAGGAGAGGCUGAGGGCCCUGGAGAUGGAGCCACUGGAGUGCCUGGGCCCAGGGGGGUUGGCUGGGUACCCCCCCUCCAGAGAGCCCCUCCAUUUCUGCCCCCCGCUGACCCUCUCCCCUCCGCUGCACAUUCCUCACUCCCUCCCACAGGGCAGCUGGGCCUCCCCUCAAGAGACGGACGUGUUUGGAAAGCCUCCCUGCUAUGAGGAGGCUGUUCUAAUGGAAGACCCCCCUCCUCCCUACUGUGAGGUGCUGGCUGACAGCCAGGGGGGCACCAACACAAAGCCUGCCUCCCGGAUCUCCAGGCUGGAGCAGCAGGAGCCUGAGACCGCCAAGACCCCCCCCGUCACGGUGUUCUCUGAGCGGGGCUACUCCUCCCUGAUCCGCCUGCCCACCGCCCGACGCUGGGACUCCCUGGGGCACCUGCUCUCCACCAUGGACCUCAACCACAACACCCUCCCCACGGAGCCCCUCUCCCUGCAGGCCCAGGCCACCGCUACCAUGCCCCGCGAGGGCCGGACUCACACACAGCCAGAGCUGGGGCUGAGAAGUAUCCAGGGGCUCAGGGGGCUAGAGCAGAGCUGUGGCCUGCCCACGGCCUUCCCUCUGCUGGGUCGCAGCACGGCCGUGUAG